AUGCCGCCCAGAGCCUGCCUGUGCUGGGCCAGUCUCCUGCUCCUGGCCAGGCUCGCCCAGUCCUGCCCUGCUGGCUGUGACUGCUUCAUCCGGGAGGUGUUCUGUUCUGACGAGGCCCUGGUCGCCAUCCCCCAUGACCUCCCACCGCAAGCCACAGACAUCGUCUUUGUAGAGACCUCAUUCACCACAUUGGAAACUAGGGCCUUUGAGGGCAGCCCUAACCUGACCAAGGUGGUCUUCCUCAACACCCAGCUUUGUCACUUUGGGCCAGAUGCCUUUGGGGGGCUGCCCAGGCUCGAAGACCUGGAGAUCACCGGCAGUGCAUUUUCCAACCUCAGUGCCGCCAUCUUCUCCAACCUGACCUCGCUGGCCAAGUUCACCCUCAACUUCAACAAGCUGGAGGCCCUGCCGGAGAGCCUCUUCCACUACAUGAAUGCCCUGGAGACCCUUCAGGUGCAGGGCAACUGGCUCCAGACCCUGCCUGACGGGCUCUUCCAGCCUCUGAGGCAUCUGAAGACCCUUAACCUGGCUCAGAACCACCUGGCCCAGCUCACUGAGGAGCUGUUCGACCCGCUCACCAGCCUGCAGACCUUGCGACUGAGCAACAACGCCCUCACCACCCUGCCGCAAGGAGUGUUUGGCAAACUGGGCAGCCUGCGGGAGCUCUUCCUGGAUGGCAAUGCCAUUUUGGAUCUGCCCCAGGAAGUGUUCUCGCAGCUUGUCCACCUGGAGAAGCUGUGCCUGCAGUGGAACGCCAUCAGGUCCCUGCCCCUCUCUGUCUUCUCGGCCCUGGGCCGCCUGACCUUCCUGAACCUGCAGGGGAAUAUGCUGAGGGUACUGCCCGUCGGCCUCUUUGCCCAGACCCCGGGCCUGGCAGUCUUGUCUCUGUCCCACAACCAGCUGGAGACCAUCGCUGAGGGUGCCUUUGCCAACCUGACCAGCCUCAGUUCCCUCACACUCUCGCACAAUGCCAUCGCCCAGCUCCCGGCAGGGGCCUUCGGCCACCUGAAGGAGUUGACCAAACUCUACCUGGGCAGCAACAACCUGACGGCCUUGCACCCUGCCAUCUUCCAGAACCUGUCCAAGCUGGAGCUGCUCAGCCUCUCCAAGAACCUCCUGACCACACUCCCCGAGGGCAUCUUCGACACCAACUACAACCUGUUCAACCUCGCCCUGCACGGUAACCCCUGGCAGUGUGACUGCCACCUGGCCUACCUCUUCAGCUGGCUGUACCAGUACAGCGACCAGUUCUUCAGCACCCAGAUCUACUGUGCGGGCCCUGACUACCUGAAAGGAUGGGCGGUGCCUGCCCUGAGGGAGGAGCAGCUGGUAUGCCCUGUCACCCAGGACCGCUUGGGCUUCCAGGCCGCAGGGCUGGAUGGCAGGGAGCCAGGGGGCACCUGGGACCUGGCUGCUGAGAGAAAGGUAGCCGGGAGCCGGUGUACCUACAGCAACCCAGAGGGCACAGUGACCCUGGCCUGCAACGAGGCCCAGUGUCGCUGGCUGAGGGUCCAGCUGUCUUCCAGGCAGGGUUCUGUUUCCCCGGCAUUGACAUACAAUGCCAGUCAAGUGUGGGACUUGAAGUCAAGCUGUGGCUCUGUGAGGGUCACUGUGUCUGUUGAGGCGCAAACACCCUAG